GGGCGUGUCACUUCCUGUCCUGUCCUGGUCUCAUUGGAGCCAUGAUCAUCGGCACUCCACAACAAUGUGAGAAAGCUGGUUUUGUCCCUGGCUACAACCUGGCAGGAGAAGGGUUCGACAUAGUGAAGAUGGAGCGGAAAGGCGCCUACGUGAUCAACAUGGAGGAGUGGAGGAAACCAAAUGGCAGCUGCACUUUGGUGACAAACCGCUAUCUGGGUCGGAUUAAGCAGAAGCUUCCUGUGGCUGUAGUUAACUGGCGAGCCCUCUCCAAAUGUAAGAUGAGGGUCUCCAGUACCAAAUAUGAAUCCAGUGAAUCCCUUGUCAAUGACAGCACCUCUAGUGUCACAAACAACUGGAAAGUUGGUCUGGAUGUCCCUGUUGACCCCAGUGUGAGCGGCGGGGCAUCCUUAGGAGGAACUCAUUCCCGUGAAGCCUCCUACGCCAUGCGGAAGUCAAAGGAGGACAAGUACAGCUUCGCCAGCCAUGAGGUCCACUGCAACUUCUACAGAUACAGAUUGUCUACAUGGUUGCCGUUACAUAAGGAGUUUAAAGAAUCCACAAAGAGGCUCCCUCACAUGUAUAAUCCACAAAGCAAACCAGCAUAUCGAGAUCUAAUCGAUACGUAUGGCACACAUUACAUAAGAAAAGUCCAGCUGGGGGGGAAAAUGAAGAGCGUCACCGCCAUCCAGACCUGCAAAGCUGCGUUGGAUGGACUGACAGACACAGCAGUGAAAGACUGCCUGGAUGUUGAGGCCUCUGCUAUGUUUGCACAGACUGCAACAGUGAAAACAGAGAAUCAUCACUGCAAGGCACUGAAAAGGAAGAUGCACACAAAGCGAAGCUUCAGCAGCAUGUUCCGUGAACGUCAGUCCGAGAUUGUGGGAGGGAAGAUCAGCAGGCCUGACCUGCUUUUCUCAGGCGGGUCUGAUCCUGCAGCCUACCGGGAUUGGCUGGAAUCCUUGAAGACCGCCCCUGAUGUGGUGUUCUACUCUCUGAAGCCCCUUCACAGCCUGAUGAGUUCCAAAGAGCCGGCCAAGGCAGGACUGAAGAAAGCAAUAGAGGACUACAUCCUGGAGAAUGCCCUUGUGAAGAAAUGCUCUGAAUCUUGCAGGAUUGGAAGAAGGAUGAGUGUCAGGGAUCGCUGUGCCUGUGUCUGCAACAGAAAUAAAAAUAUCAGAUCAAACUGCUGCCCUGUUGGAAAAGGACUGGCUACACUGAGAGUCUAUGGCCUCAAAGGGAGAAAAUUAUAUGGGGACCGGUGUACCCAAACCGACGGCUCAGUUGUAGUUACCUAUGGAACACAGUCUAAACGUACUAAAGUGAUUGAUGACAAUGACAAUCCAAACUGGCCAGAGUCAUUUGAGUUUGGCCCCAUCAAGAUUGACAUGGCGACUCGACUCAGUUUUAAAGUGUAUGACGCAGACAAUUCCUGGAACAGUGAUUUCCUCGGGGGUUGCUCUAUUGAACUCCGACGAGGAACUGUUAAAGACACCUGCAUGUUUCAAUAUGGCACCUUCUUCUACUCCUAUCAUGUGUCGUGUGCCCCGAGCCUGGGUGGCCCAAAGUGCUGGGACUAUGUCUCCUCUCCCAUGAGUGCCUCCCUGGCGAAGAAGUUCCACUCCAGGAAUGGGGUCUUUGCUGGGGAUCGCUGGCAGGAGGUGCUACGCAGUAAUCACUCUGGAGUUGGAGACCACAUCAUUGGCUAUAAUGAUCUCAGUGGUGAAUAG